UGGCUAUGGUGAACCACAACAACAACAAAGCUAUGGUUAUGGUGAGCCACAACAACGACAAAGCUAUGGUUAUGGUGAGCCACAACAACAACAGCAGCAUAACUAUGGUUAUGGACAAGCAGAGCAAUCCUACUACGGUUAUCAAAAGCCUGAUAUCUCUCAAGCUGCAAGAUUAGCUAAGCAACAUGCUCAACAAGAUGAUGAUGAUGAUGAUGAUGAUAAGGAAAAUCUUUUUAGCUCUAUUCUUAGCAAGGUCUUCGACAGAGAUGAUGACGAUGCUCCACAAAAGCAACAAAUGA